GCUCUGAUGGUUGGACCACUGUGGCUAUGGGUGGGAGCACAGUGUGUGUGUGUUUUCAGGUGUAAGCACUGGCCUUGAGGCUGGACUCGGAGACAAGUCAGUCCCCGGACAGUGUGGCAGGCGAAGGGCAGGUCAGAGCUCUCUGUGGGGGGGCCUGACUGCUGACAAUGGAGCCAAUGUACUGAGGGCCACCAGGACAAAUACAUCAGCCGACGCAGAAGAGGAAGUAAACAACAAAAAAGAAGAAAAAAACGUUGAAAAAUACAUAGACGACAGAACAAUGGUUGCAGAGGAAGUGAUAAUAACCUUGUCCGGUGGAGCGCCGUGGGGCUUUCGUCUCCAGGGAGGUGCUGAACAUCAGAAACCACUCCAGGUGGCUAAGGUGCGUAAACGAAGCAAGGCAUGUAGGGCUGGGCUGCGGGAAGCUGAUGAGCUGGUGUCCAUCAAUGAACAGCCAUGUGGAAUGCUCUCCCAUGCUCAGGCCAUGAACCUUAUCGACAGCUCCUCUGGGAUAUUGCACAUCCGUGUCAAAAGGGCACCUGCUGGUUUUCAGUCUGUGGUGCUUGUGGCCCGUGCACCGUCUCCCCGUAUAGACAAGGAGUAUCGCGCGGCUCUGCGAACCAUGUCACCCACCCACCACCACCACGCACCUGUUCGUGAAGUCCACCGUAGCCGCUCCACCCUAACCAGUGGCUUGACAUCUCCACCCGGUAGUGAGGCUUACUAUGGCGAGACUGACAGUGAUGCAGAUGUGGCCGGCUAUGAGAGGCAGCGCCGUCAGAAACGACGCAGUCCCAGCAAUUCCAACCCAGUAAAACCGACAGGAAGAACCUCUCCUGAGGGUGGAGAAACAUCCGAGAUGAGUGGUUAUGACAGUGCUCCAGAUGCCCAGAUUUACCCUAGUUUGUUGGAAGGGCGUGGGGGAGAUGGAGAUGGAGCUGGGGGGCUUCCAGGAGUGGCGCGAAGGGAGGUCAUUUACCAACCCUCUGGCACAGGAAUGUGGUCUUCCCAGACAUCCACUGAGACCUCCUCCAUUAUCUCCUCGGCAGACGACCAGGGACCACGGGAUGCAGGGCAAGAAGAGGACAGUGGCUUUUUAGAACUUGCCAAUGUUCCACUGGUGUUGCCUGAGAGGGCAAAGGAGGCGCUUAUGCUCAGCUCUCGCAGCCAGCUUAUACCUAUGGUGGGUCCUGUGAAUAAACCUAUUGAUGAGGAGCUUACAACAACCUACAUGGAAAAAGCCAAGCAAGCCAAACUGAACCGAGGGGAUACACAGCAAGACAAACAGGUAAAGGAAGCCAAAAGCAAGUGUCGAACGAUUGCGUCCUUACUGACCGAUGCUCCCAAUCCUCACUCCAAAGGAGUGCUGAUGUUCAAGAAGAGGCGGCAGCGCUCUAAGAAAUACACUCUCACUAGUUUUGGUAGUGUGGAUGAGGACAGGUGUCAGGACUCACAGGAGGAGGAUGGGGUACUCCCUGGCAGCGAAUCAGAGUUUGAUGAUGAUGCCUUCUCUGCAGUUCCUGACCCAACUUGGGAUAGUGGCUACUUGGAUAUGCUAGAGAAGAGGGCAACAGCAGGCACUGAAGGACGAGGGGAUGGAGCUGAGGAUGCUCCAAGUCCAGGGUUGAGUGCCACGGCAGGCAAAGGGGCCCAGUUAUUUGAACAGCAGAGAAAAAGAGCUGCUGAGCAUGCCAAGAAAAUGGAGGUGCAACCUCAGGUUCCUCCACAGUCUCAUAUCCAAGAGCAUGCACAUGUGCAUCAGUUGUACCCAGAAAUACAACCACAGUUGCAACCAAGCCUCCAUCCUCAGCAGAAGAUGCCAGCUGGGCCUACAUUCACAGAACAGGAGCUCUCCCAGGCACAGGGUCCAGUUUCUGUUGACACCUAUGGAUUGGCCAGCGGAGACCUACCCUCCUUUAGCGCAGCUAGCGUUGUGAUGGCAACUUCACCUGUGGCAGCUAAACUAGCCACCACUGCCUCAGUGAGUACUCUAACUAGCCCUGCACCAACAGCUGAAACACCAUUUCCAGAACUACCUGCUAGUAAUGUCCUCAACAGAACAGCCCGUCCUUUCACUCCUGGCUUUAUCAGCAUCCGAGCUGCAACUGCCCCUGUGACAUUCCGACCUCCUGUCACAAAGACGUCCCAGCGUCCUGCAUCAGCAGCUGUUGUCCCACCACCCUUCUCCACUGCCCCAGAAGCCAUUAAUCCUGCAUCACAACUACCCAGUGGUUUCUCAUCUAUGCUCUCUGCAACACCCAUAGGAUCUCAGGGCCCAUCGGCUCAGAUACCAGAAGCACCUGUUAGGUUUCACCCUCCAGCCAUCUCUAACCCUGUAGAGACAAUGCAGUCAUCAUUACCUUUAACUACUGUAAAUCAGGUUCCUGUUACAGCUGUGCCUCCAGUAUCUAUGCCUUCAUCACCACCAGUUGCACCAGCACGAAUGGCUCCAAUAACCCAAAUUCCUGAUUCAGCUCCAUUGCCAGCAUUUCAAGUGCCAAUUGCUCAGCCACUUUCACCUCAAUUUUCUACGCAACCUGUAUCCGAGGUAUCAGUGCUCUCUCAGACAACCUCUAUUCCUAGUCCCUCUGGUCGUACAGGGAUUUUGCUUGAAGCUCGCCGACGUAGUGGAAAACUCAAACCUAUGUUCAAUGUACCAGAUGUGAAGAAAAAUUCUCCCAAUCCUGAGUUACUGUGUAUGGUACAGAACCUGGAUGACAGGUGCAUACGAAAUAAACAUGGUCAGUUACCAACUGAGGCUAUCUAUGAUGCGACAGAAGAAGAGCAGAUUGAUGAGGCCUUCAUGGGGAAGGUUCCACCACCAGUGGCACCCAAGCCUCGGGUCAUCCAUGAGACACCACAAAUUCUUCAAGCAGGAGGAAAAGGGGCACAGCUGUUUGCACGCAGACAGACCCGCAUGGGUAUGUAUGUAGUGGACUCUCCAACUGAUACUCAUUUCCAACAGGAAGUGGCUCCCCACAGUGCAGCCCAACAGUUUAUCUCAUCCCACAAUCCUUCUCUUCCCUCUCAGUGGAAAUACUCUCCUAAUGUUCGUGCCCCUCCACCAAUUGGCUACAACCCAUUGUUAGGACCUUCUAUUCCUAUGGGCCCUCAGAGGGAUAAAAGCAAACCAGACAGCCAUGGCAGAGGAGGCUCUCAAAGAGAGGGAAUCAAGGCUCUGGAUUUCAUGAGAAAGCAGCCCUACCAGCUCAACCCUGCCAUGUUCAACUACGGGGGCAGUGUUGCAAAUCUAUCAGCAAUGCCAUCUUAUCAUGCUCAGAGGCAGCAAGGGGAUUACGCAACAACAAUGGUGGGUAGCUCAUUGACUACACCUAAGCAGGUCCCCAUUAAAACAGCCAGUGUCUACGAGAUCAAGCGUUUCUCAACACCGACACCCAUGUCCGCUCCCACUCUGACACCUAAGAUCAUUGCACCUCGUUCAGCCACUACUCUUGGAGAACGUCUGAAUCACUCUGGAAUGACGUCCCCGCCUCCUGCUCCUUUUAUUUCAAACCCAGUCCCUCUCUUAACAACAACACCAGUGAGUCUCCCAAUUCCAAUUUCACCACCCUCCCAACCAGCUGCCAUACCCAGUCUUCCAAAAUUUUCUGCCACCCCUAUUCCAAACCCUGUUCUCCAAGCGGUUCCUACACCUUACAGUUCAGCAUCAUACACCACUGGACUCCAGGCAGCCAAGCAGUUUCAGAGUGCUCCUGAGCUAAGCAUCCUAGCGUCUUUGCCCCCACUUAAGUCCAAUCCAGUUCAAGCACCCAAACCACGAUUUGUGGCUACAAAGGGAGGUGUCCAGCCUCGUGUCUGGAGGCCUGGGGCAAUGUAAACAGCCCUAAAACUGUUAAGUUCAUUCAAUAUACAUUACUGAUAUAACACGAUAGGUGAGUUUACUUGUCGUGAAGGUCAAAUGCUCACAACCAGAUGAAAUGUUUUUUUUUUACAUUAGUUCACUGUGCAUUUAAUGUAAUAGUUUGGUCUUGCAGUGUUAUUGAGGUUAUGCCAAACUCUUCUGCUCACUGUAGCCAAAAAGAAAUGCUAUCUUUCAAACAAGGGUCACAUUCAAUGACUGCCCAGGCUGUUACUGAAUGUACACGGGGUAUCACUGCUUUCAAUUGCCACUUAGGGACACCAGGGAGUGUUUGUAGCAUCAAUGUGACCACUCAGGGUCUAUGCAGAUACAGUUUAUGUACAUUCUUAACUUUAAUUAAACAUUUAUCACAGAUAAAGAAAUGUGUAAUUUAUUUUGUUUUAAUUGUGCUCAAAUGUGAAGGUGUGCAAAAGGAUGUUGAUAAACUGAGAGGCACCAAUAUAUGUAAAAGGGUUCAAGAAAUGGCAGUGGCUGCGAAGAAAGGUACUGUAUGCAAGGUAUGAUAAAUUACCAAGUGGUAGCAAAGUUGGGACAUCUAGGUCACUGCCUAUUUCCUAGGCAUGGUAAUGAUCAGAUGUGGUAAAACUGAGACAAGAUUAUAUGUGGUUUUGAAAUCUCAGCAAAAAAGGGAACGGGCAGGAAAGUAGAUACUUGAAAAUAAUUGUUAAAGAAUCUGAUGGACAAAGUCUAGCCUGUGUCUUCUGCUACUUAGAAAGGAAGCAUAAAAACAUUUGAGAGACUGGGUAAGUCAAUAAAUGUAAGUAAAGAAAUUGUUGUUUUCAGUUCUGUAAUUUGGAUUUGUGAUCCUUUGACCAUUUUUGAAGUAUAAUUUCUCCUAAAGCAUUUAAGUAGUUCCUAUUAUUUAUGGCUAUGAAAUAUCUAGGAUGUGGAUAUUAGGAGGUGUAAAAUAUGCUAAAUAAAUGUGUUUGAAUGUAGGCAUUAUUGCUGAAUAGACGUUUGUAUCGACUAGGGCAUAAAUAAACUUAGAUUUAAAUGCCUGAUUUUACACUGCCCCCUGCUGCUGAUUGUGUUGAUUGGCCCUGCCCUGUUUGAAUACAGUACAUGCAUGAGAUAAUAAUAUUCAUAACUGGGCAGUCAUAACUUUGUAUGACAUUUAAUAAAAGCUUAAAUAAAAGA